AACCAACACGAAAGAAAGAGAGAGAGAGAGACACCUGAGGCGCUGAAGAUUCCACUUACACUCAAAACUCUAGCUUAGAAGCAGAAUAUCACAAGUUACCCAUCAAAUAAGAGAAUAUAACGCGUGAAAAUGAUGAAUCAGAUCGAGCUUUCCGUUCCAUAUGAUAAUGGAUAUGAACCGGACGACUACAUGAUGCAGGAGGAUGAAUGGGACCGGGAUUUAUUACUGGAUCCAGCAUGGGAAAAACAGCAACGGAAGACGUUCACGGCCUGGUGUAACUCUCACCUGAGGAAAGCUGGGACACAGAUUGAGAACAUAGAGGAAGACUUCAGGAAUGGCCUCAAACUAAUGCUGCUGCUUGAAGUCAUCUCAGGUGAGAGGUUACCCAAGCCUGACAGAGGAAAGAUGCGUUUUCACAAGAUAGCCAAUGUCAACAAAGCCCUUGAUUUCAUCACCAGUAAAGGAGUGAAACUGGUCUCCAUUGGAGCUGAAGAAAUUGUGGAUGGAAAUGUGAAAAUGACUCUUGGAAUGAUCUGGACUAUCAUCCUUCGCUUUGCCAUUCAGGAUAUCUCUGUUGAAGAGACUUCGGCUAAAGAAGGGCUUCUGCUGUGGUGUCAGAGGAAGACUGCACCUUACAGGAAUGUCAAUAUUCAAAACUUUCAUGUCAGCUGGAAGGAUGGCUUGGCGCUGUGCGCUCUCAUCCACAGGCACAGGCCUGACCUCAUUGACUACGCUAAACUCAACAAGGAUGAUCCAUUGGGUAAUCUGAAUCUGGCAUUUGACAUUGCUGAAAAACAUCUGGACAUCCCCAAAAUGCUGGAUGCAGAGGACAUCCUGAACACCCCAAAGCCCGAUGAGAGAGCUAUUAUGACAUAUGUGUCCUGCUUCUACCAUGCCUUUGCUGGAGCUGAACAGGCUGAAACUGCUUUUAACAGGAUCUGUAAGGUGCUGGGAGUGAAUCAGGAAAAUGAGAAGUUGAUGGUGGAUUAUGAAAGACUGGCUAGUGAGCUGUUGGAGUGGAUCAGACGUACCAUUCCCUGGCUGGAGAAUCGUGUGCCGGAGAAGACUAUGACGGAGAUGCAGCGGAAGCUGGAGGAUUUCCGAGAUUACCGCAGGAUGCACAAACCUCCCAAAGUGCAGGAGAAGUGUCAGCUGGAGAUCAGUUUCAACACCCUGCAGACUAAACUCCGCAUCAGCAACCGACCCGCAUUUAUGCCCUCUGAGGGCAAGAUGGUUUCGGACAUAGCAAGUGCAUGGCAGGGACUGGACCAGGCUGAGAAGGGAUAUGAGGAAUGGCUGCUGACGGAAAUCAGGAGACUGGAAAGAUUGGACCACCUAGCAGAGAAAUUUAGACAGAAAGCUAGCAACCAUGAGACCUGGGCUGCAGGUAAGGAGGAGAUGCUGACCCGGAAGGACUACGAGUCAGCAUCUUUAAUGGAGGUCCGAACUUUGCUGAGGAAACACGAGGCAUUUGAGAGUGACCUUUCUGCCCACCAGGACAGAGUCGAGCAGAUUGCUGCUAUUGCUCAGGAGCUCGAUGAGCUGGAAUAUCAUGAUGUUGCAUCAGUGAAUCAAAGGUGUCAAAGUAUCUGUGACCUCUGGGACAAACUGGGUACACUCACUCAGAAACGCAGAGAGGCUUUGGAGAGGACAGAGAAACUUUUGGAGACGGUGGAGCAGUUGUUUCUGGAAUACGCAAAGAGAUCUGCUCCCUUUAAUAACUGGAUGGAGGGAGCCAUGGAAGACUUACAGGAUAUGUUCAUAGUGCACACCAUUGAAGAGGUCCAGACUCUGAUAGCAGCUCACGAGCAGUUUAAGGCCACACUUCCUGAGGCGGAUGCAGAAAGGCAGUCGAUCCUUGGCAUUCAGCAGGAAGUCCUGAAGAUCUUCCAGAAUUAUGGCAUUCGUGGAGACCUCACCAACCCCUACAGCACCAUCACUACAGAAGAGAUUGCCAUCAAGUGGGACAAGGUGAAGAAGCUGGUUCCCCAGCGUGACAGUGCACUGCAGGAGGAGUUAGCACGACAGCAUGCCAACGAAAGGCUCAGACGCCAGUUUGCUGCCCAAGCCCACCUCAUCGGACCCUGGAUACAGACCAGGAUGGAGGAAAUUGGUCAUUGUUCUAUGGCUGUGGGUGGUACUCUUGAGGAUCAGAUGACGCAGCUGAAGCAGUAUGAGCAUGUGAUCGUCAGCUAUAAACCCAACAUUGAUAGGCUGGAGGGAGAUCACCAACUCAUCCAGGAGUCACUUAUCUUUGACAACAAACAUACUAACUACACUAUGGAGCAUAUUCGUGUUGGCUGGGAGCUCCUUUUGACUACGAUUGCUCGCACUAUUAAUGAAAUUGAGAAUCAAAUUCUGACACGUGAUGCAAAGGGCAUCAGCCAGGAGCAGAUGAAUGAAUUCCGAUCCUCUUUCAACCAUUUUGAUCGGAAGAAGAAUGGGGCGAUGGAUUCUGAUGACUUUAGAGCCUGUCUGAUCUCGAUGGGUUAUGAUCUGGGUGAGGUGGAGUUUGCCCGGAUCAUGAUGCUGGUUGAUCCAAACACUUCAGGCGUUGUGUCAUUCCAGUCUUUUAUUGACUUCAUGACAAGAGAGACAUCGGACACAGACACAGCUGAACAGGUCAUCGCUUCCUUCAGGAUCCUCUCUGCAGACAAGCCAUAUAUUUUGGCAGAUGAGUUGAGGCGAGAGCUUCCUCCAGACCAGGCAGAGUACUGCAUCAGCAGGAUGCCCACAUACACCGGCCCCGGCGCCCUGCCUGGAGCCCUGGACUACACUGCCUUCUCCACUGCCCUCUACGGCGAAAGUGACCUUUAACUCUCUCAACAGCUCUGACCUUUUUCAAUCCCAUCACACUUGUAAACCAAAUAAAAUAUUUGUCCAUCAGCCUCAAGAAAUUAAAAUGUGGCAAAUAAACACAAUGAGCACAGCUUAAUUUUUUAGUCUCAGUUGAUGGAUGUUUCUAAAGGGAUUGAUAUGAAAUGUUUAAGUCAAUACACAUGCAAUGUAGUCUGGAAAUGAAAAGAAUGCAAUUUAGAACGUAAAAAGAACAUUUAACUGUAACAGUCCAAAUUAGUUGUGAAUUUUCGAUUCACUUUCUCAUGAAUUGUUGAAUCCAUGGCAUGGGAAACUAUUUUACUGUCUUUCAUGUAGGCUAUGUAUAAUAGA